AUGACCCGAUUUGUGUUGCUUGUCCUCCUCUUGCUCUGUGCUACGGCGAAUGCGGCCAAGCCGAAAAGAUUUCGCCAGCGCCGCCUUGAUUCGGGAGAAGAAGUAGUAGUGGAGUGCUGUGCCUGUGGACCAGACGACCAGGGCUACACCGAAGGCUUGGAGCUGUGCGCUGUCUUUGAAUACUAUGAUCUCCUCUCGAAUUCUGCCACGCUCUUUUGCGUCGACGAUAUUGCCUUUUACGAUGAGGACUAUGACGAGAACUGGCAAUUCAAAUUGGAGGAUCCCAACUCGGCUAUUGGAUGGCUGGAUGACAGUUGCGAAGAAGACGAAGACGAGUAG